AUGCCUCGGUUAGAUCGGACACAGAACAGCCGUAAGAGGUCAAGCUCGGCGGCAGCAUCAAUCAGCGACAGUCGGGUAGAUAUUGAACAAGCUCAGCCACGGAAAAAGCGAAAUCGCUACACGCCUCAUGCGUGCAACCGGUGCAAAGCAGCAAAAGUACGCUGCGAUGGAAGAUUGCCAUGUUCGUAUUGCUCUGCCCGAGACGCGGAAACGUGCGGUUAUUCUGCCGUUCCUCUACCAACUUUCCAGACCGAAUCAGAUAUACAAAGCAGUGAGAGCCAAUUUGAGCAGAUGAUAUUUGACGUUCUCGCACGUCAGAAUGACAAACUUGACCUUCUGAUCAAGCGGACCGAACUACUUGACGCUGCAUGUGGCCUCUCGCUUGGUGAGCCAGUGCAUUCUGGGUCGCGUCUACUUCCUUCAAAGAAAUCCUUGCCGCUAUUUCAGAGUGCUACGAGUGCAUUCUGUUGCAUCAACAUCAUCGGCGCCCAGGUUAACAACCAUUAUCCCAACAACCCAGACAACGCCACACUGUGCACAUCAUUUCGGAAAACCCCUAGGUCGUCGCUCUCUAUCAUCCAAGGACGAAUCGUGGAGGGUGAGACCAGUGACCUCGAUGGUAGAGAUGAUUUCUCCGACCCUCCAAACCAUCUGUCGCAGGCCGAUCACCAUCACAUGCAGUACUCCUCAAUUACUGCCUUCCAUCCGCUGGACGAGUUGGAAGACGGUCAGAUGCUUCAGAUGCUGGACGAUUUCGAAUCCAUGGCGGCCUCUACGUAUCCAAUUCACAACAUAGCAGAUCUCAGACGGAAGAUGAGUCACUAUUUGCAAGCCAGGCAGCAGCCGCCUCUGUCUAAAGACCCGCAGAAUGCGGAUGUCACCAAUAUGCUUGAGGAGAAUGACACAACCAUGCUCAAGUUGGUAAUGGCCAUCAGUCUCCUGGGUGAAGGUCACAGGCACAAGGAUCUGGCAUCGAGAUUGUUUCACAGCACACAAGCUGAAGUGCAAGCGAAAGUCUGGGAUGCCAUGGUAGACCUGAAAGAUCUUGGUUUACUGAUAUUGGUGGUCUUCUACCACCUCCAUCGUGGCUCGUGGCGUUUGGGUUGGAGGUUCCUAGGAAAUAUUAGUCGAAUCGUUUACGAGCUUGGCCUGAACCGAGAAAUUGUACUCACACGGUUAUUUCCCGACGUGGAAAGUCGAGGAAGAGCAAUCAAUACCGUCUGGACGGUAUACGUCCUCGAACAACACCUCAGUUAUGCUCUCGGGUUACCCAAUCUCAAGCAAGGACUUCAUAUAGAUUCUAGCUUCCCACGGCCGAUCAAUGCUCCUUUCUUGAGUGCCAUGAUAGAAUACAGUCAGAUCGGGAGAGAAGCCUGCUCGGCUCUUCUGAACGACAAGGCUACUGCCGGGGGAGGAAAUCCCAACAUUUGGCAAAGCAGCUACACAUCUUUCCAAUACCGAAUCGAACGAUGGGCGCGCUCGACGACGGUGGAGCUUCAGAAUCGUCCUUCCGUCUACAACACGACAGAGCCGAGCCGCAAGUACAUGGAGACCCUGAUUCGACUGCGGGCAAACCUCAUGCGCAUCUUAGUUGCUCGAGUGUUCAUCUGCACCGAGCUCCACAUGUCGGCGCCGGAGGAAAUAUGGACACGAUCCGUCGAAACCGCCGCCGAUACGGUACAGGUCUUGUCGCGAUUGGACACAUCCAACAAGGAGUACCGUUUUCACCGACCUCAACUCAAUUAUUUCUUGAUCUCGGCCUUGGAUCUGCUCCUCUUUGUGUGCUCGUGUGCGGAGCCAGACAAUCACCAAGCACCAGAGGUAUCUCUAUCUCUGCCCUCUGACACGAGCACGACUGCUCGACAGGCCGCUAUGGUGGCGCUGAAUCUCCUGCGCGACCUGGCCGAGGUCUCUGACCACUCCAGAAGUCUGUGGGAGAAGACAAAGACAAUCGCCUCCAGGAUCAACCUGACGAGUUGGCUUUUUGAGCAUGGAUCAACCAUCAGAAAGGGUCAACAUAUCCAGACAGAACCUGAAUUCAACCCCUCGGGUGUGAAGGAUGAUCCACUCUUCACCCCUUUCGAGUCUGAUUACCAGCUUCUUCCUGGUCAAUUAGGGCAGAACGUCUUUCAAGCAUCACCUUCAGUAACGGAUGACUUCAAUACUGUCUUCAGCGACUUGACCUCAGAAGUCGGCUUUGAUACUCUUCAGACUUCAUUUAACCUCCCCAAUGAUUUCUGGGCUGGAUCCGGUUGAGACAAGCACUCGACUCCAACGUACGAU